AGUCAGGCGACCAAUCAGAGGUCCAGUCAAGUGUUCAAUCGGAGAUCAAGUUGGCAUCAGUUCAACUUUGGGUCAUUUCCUAGACCUUGAAGGUCAACCUGAACACACUUGAUUUGACUCCAUUAACAGUCUGCGUAGGCUUCAGGUGGAUCACAUGACCUCUGCUUUAAAAAUUCAUCGUGUCAUUACUACCCCUAGGUAAGAAGGUUUCUAGAUUUGGUGCAGCUCCUGAAAUGAAGCACAUCCCAUUCAGACAUUAGUGUAAAAAAACACAAUAGUUUUUCUUUUUCGCUUGACAGAUAAGGAAUAAAACACUGUAUGUGGUGCAGUUACAGUAAAAUAAUCAACAGUGGUAUGGUGUGAUGAGGCAGAGUUACUGUUAGCACCUCAAACUUGAUUACUUUCCUGUAACAGCAUGUCCUGAAGUGUUUUAUUCUUCUUACGUCACAGCAAUUUGUCAACAAUUACAAUUUUUAUUUAUUAAUGAACCACUGUUUAUCCAUUUAUAGUUACAUUCAGUAUUGUUGAACAUCCAUGAAGACAAGUUAGUUCCUGUUCUCGCUAACGUUAUAGUAGAUAUAAACACUCGUUCCCUAAGCUCUGUCAAGAACUUUACCUCUGACUGUUACAAAGCACUGACACUGGAGACUCCUUCCAUAAUCGUUAAAUCAGCACCUUCUUGCAGAAAUCUUCACCAUAGCAACGAUUACACAGGUUUAAAUAACAUGUUUUUAAUCUGUGUGCUAUUCAUUUUAGAUUAUGUGGCACGUCAGAAGGCACACUAGUUUAAAUAAUCCAAGCUCGGCUGUUGUGACAUGUUUAUGACGCAUUAUAACAACCUCAGCGAGACCGCAGUAAACAGCUUUACCUCCCAGUGGCCUCGGUACGCUGUGCGUUCUCUUGUUUAUUCACAGUGAGCGGACCUCACGCUGCGUUCUCCACGGAGCUCAUGUAGAACUGAGCGUUCAUUUUCUCUCUCGCUGUCAAGAGAUAAGAGAGACAUGAUGAGACAAAGACACGACAAUGGCAGCGAUUCAGGGUACAAAACACACGCACACACACACACACACACACGCACACACACACACUUUGCAGAGCUUUGUGUUUUUAUAGGAAGCAAAACCACAUCACAUUUAACACAUUCAGUUUUCUACAGAGACGCCCCAUAUCCAGAUUUCCGUUUCUUGCAAUUAAAGAAAAACCGACUGAUGAAACUUAAACUAUUCUGAAUUCUGGAUUCUGAUUGGUCAGAAGGUGUUGAUUCAUUUUCUAUAACAGCAGCUCUGACAGUAGUGCAGGUUUACAUUAAUGCGCUCGUUCUAAUACGUUAUGGUUUCUAUAGUAACAGCUGAUUCAGGCUCUUGUACGACGUAAACGUGUGUAACUGUUGACAUGGUGACGUUUCCUGUAAGAAGACAUUUAUGGAAGGAGUCUCCAGUGUCAGCACUUUAAGCACUUUAAGUAACUUUAAGAUUUUUUUUCCCUCAGCGUCUUUGAACGUGUGAAUAUGACAUGUGAAUAACCACAUGACUCACGUGUGAAAUGGUCACAUGUGGCUUUUACACGUCUCACACAUUGUGUGCAUGUGUUUUUAUUGUCACAUGAGAUUUUUACACGUUUCAUUUAUUUUCACAUGGUUUUAUUUUUCAGUUGUGUUUUUCUUACAGGAAUAAUUCUUCUUCAUGUGUGAUCACAUAUUAUUCACACGCAAAAAAAAAACCCUUUUCAUCACAUGCUGAAAUGUUUAGCGAUUUUUCCAUUAGUGUUUUUUUUUUAAACCUAAGCAGGAGACGUUGUCGGUCUGCCCUCGGGGUUCCGAUGCCGUGAUCUUAAAAGCCACAGCUCGGGUCCUGCCUGUAAUAUUCAGCGUGUGUUGUUGGAGUGCUCGAAGACCUACUUGGCCUGUAUUAAUAGCAGCAACAUGCCUCUCACUAUGUGCGCUAUGUCAUGCGAUACUGACGCGUAAUCCUCGAAUACGACUCGCUAUACUGUACAUGAGCAGGAAUGGGAUGAAUUUCAGAUUUAAUAUCACACUAAUCACCCAGGAUUUUAUCCCAGACUGUAUUAUUAUAUUUAACUCAGUCUCUGUUCUCUCUCCGUCUCUCUCCGUUUUUCUUUUCCUCAGACUUUCACGAUGAACAGAAGUUUAGGAUUCAGUGAUUAGGGCGAGGGUCGCCUCCAGCCUACUAGACCAGUAUUUUUUCCCCAAAGAAAACAUUUUGUAGAUAUUGGGAUAAAAUAAAUUCCACGCACUGCCUCGGUGAAGAUUUAUUUCAUGAACGUUAUUUAAACGUCUACAGUCCAAAUCUGUCUAUUUAUUACAGUUUACAGCUUUUUAUUCCUGAACUUUCACCCACCAGAACACGUAAGCUAACGUUAUUUACAGGUGACUUGUUUUUCAGUUACUGAGUUUUGGAUUAAACUCGUUUAAUUAUCCCUCUGGAAUCGACGGAUACGUAUCCUCAUCCUCAUCCAAAUUACAUCUCAUCAUAAAAAAAAAAAUUUAAGGAUAUUAAGAAUUAGAAAAGCCAGGAAACAAACGAUAAAGAAUAAACAUACAGAGAGAAUACAGGAAUAAUUAAUUAACUUAAUAAAAUAGAAGCGGUGCUGAAAAGGCUGAAGGAUGUUGUUCACCUGGUACUUUAGGAACAAUGUUUCUGUGAAAGUCUUUGGCACAUUUUGGCAUUAAAAACAAGCAGACAGAAGAUAAAAAUGCUCUCGAAUCAGCUACACAUGAUCCGUCGAUGCACAAUGACUCAGGACGUGUGAAUGCUGAAUGAACGCUGUGGAAGUGUGGAUAAGGAGAAAAGGUGAAAUGGCUUAAGUGUCUAAACUGUGGGGAAUUUUGAACUUUUUUUGGUAUCUUAAAAAUACAUUAGACACCAAAGGGUUAAAGUGACCAGUCAAUCAGAUAAUAAAUAUACAAACCUAAUAAUAAAUAUAGUAACUUCGUAGAUGGUCGAUUGUGAUUUCCGCCGCUGUAGCUAAAGUUAAAAAAUCACACCCUAUUCGGCUACGCUUCGUGGUCUUCGCAGUGGUGAUGCGUAAUUCACACCAGAAUUUCCCCUGCAUUCUACACAGAACACGACUCAUGUGUCACGUAUGUGCAUCGUGGAGCUUCUUUUCUCUUCUUAUAACCAUCAAAUCAUUAUAAACAUCCAUAUUACUGUGUACAGUAGAAUACAAUUCAUUUUUACACACGUACGCUAUGUGGAAAAAGGCAUGGGGGGGUGCAAACUUUUGCACAUAACUGUAUAACUGUAUUUGCCAAACAUUUUAUCACUGGUUAUGAUCUUUUAUCAUCACUAUAUUUGGUUUGUGAUGAUAAUAUCUUACGUAGCGGUUUGCGUGAUUGCGACAGAAAUGUUACGCAAUGUUUGGAAACAAUACACAGAAUCGCGGAUGGCGAAAAGUAGAUUAGCUGCAGGGUUGAUUAAAAAAAAACAACGAAGCCGUGUUACAGAAAAUUAUACACAAUUAUACAAGAUUUAUUUAAAAAUGUAAAUAAUUAAUGAGGAAAAGAAAAUUUAAUGAAUCUGAUUUUGCUAUCCUAUCAGUUACUUGUUGCAUCGGAGUUGUAAAAGUAAUGACACCUUAUGACCUUCACUACGCUCAGAAGAAUGUAUCGUGAUAUUUAAUAUAUCGCGAUGUAGAUAUUUGGUCAAAUGGACCGGCCGUGAUUUUGUACGCGUCGUGUAUAUACAGUAUUACAGCCUGUUUUUUUUCUCCUGGAAGAUAAACACCAUCUAAUCUGUCACCGAGUCUUUCUUUCCUGGAAAACGUGUUGGCCACAUUGGUGUAUUGAAUUGAAGGGAAAGCAUGACCACACACACACACACACACACACACACACACACACAAGCUGCGGGCGGUGAGAGCACACUGAAGGUAUGCGUGACAUUAAACAACACACACAUUUUUGGGAAUUUCAGACAUAAAACUAACAUCGAGCACGCCAAGCGAAAGCACAGUGACUCAGACGAAGUGCGUGUGUGUGUGUGUGUGUGUGUGUGUGUGUGUGUGUGUGUGUGUGGUGUGUGUGUUAGGCUAAAUUAAAGGCUCUUUUCUUCUGUCUCACCCCUCCCCCCUUUCACUCUGUGUGAGAUUUCUGGUAAGUGACAUGGCUGGCCUUUGGCAUGGCGCCUGGCAUGAUCACAUGGUAUAGAUAUCACGCCAGUUUGUGUGUGUGUGUGUGUGUGUGUGUGUGUGUGUGUGUGUGUGUGUGUGUGUGUGUGGGAGGGAAGGAGAAAGAGGUGCGUGAGCUAGAUGGAGAGAAAAUGAUUGUGCGUCUGUGUGUCUGUGUUUGUGUGUGGGAUUGAAGUGAGACUGUGUGUGCGUGUGUGUGUGUAUUUUCUCUCUCUCUCUCUCUCUCUCUCUCUCUCUCUCUCUCUCCAUUGUUUAACCAUAAACGAAAGUUCACUCCUUCGCCGGAGAAGUGAAAGCUUUGUGAAGGGUGUGAAUGAACACACACCACUGAGUCACUUCCACUGCGAGUAUGAGCCGCUGUGUGUUUGUGUGAACGCGGGUCGCCAUGUCGCAGCUGCUGCACGUGGAGAUCCCGAACUUCGGCAGUGCCGUGCUGGUGUCGCUGAACGAGCAGCGCCUGCAGGGCCUGUACUGCGAUGUGUCCAUCGUGGUGAAGGGGCAGGCGUUCAGGGCGCACCGCGCCGUCCUCGCCGCCAGCAGCCUCUACUUCCGUGAUCUGUUCAGCGGCAGCGCAAAAUCAGAAUUCGAGCUGCCUUCUUCGGUCACUCCGGCCUGCUUCCAGCAAAUUCUUUCCUUCUGCUACACGGGGAAGCUGACGAUGGCGGCCAGCGAGCAGCUGGUGGUCAUGUACACGGCCGGGUACCUGCAGAUCCAGCACAUCGUCGAGAGAGGCAUGGAGCUCAUGUUUAAGGCUAACUCGCCUCACUGUGACUCGGCCACCGCUGCCACAGACGAGCCCGGCUCGGAGCCUCAGAGCCCCAACAACAACAACAACACCGCAAACAAUACCGUAGCGGCGGCGGCUGCAGCAGCGGCGGCGGCCAUGUUGGCUCCUCCCAGCUGGUCACCUUCGCUUCGCAGGGUGAAGAUGGAGGGCUGCGAGACGCCGCUCAGCCUCGUGGGAGGAGCCAAGAGGAGUUCUGGAGUGCGAGGAAACUCGUUCUUCUACCCCGGGGUGGGGGGAAUGUAUCCCGUCAUGCCCGGGGAGCGCACCAGCCCAGGAGCGUCCAGCCUGCCCACCACAGACAGCCCCACGUCUUAUCAGAACGAGGACGAGGAGUUUGACGAGGAGAACUACGACGGCGUCAGCGAGGACGCGUUCGCACAGAUGUACAGCCGCACGACAAAUCCUUACGCAAUGACGGACAAACCCGAGAUGGUUCCUCUGCCUCUGGAAAGUCGUCCAUGUGUCCUGCUACGCCGUGAUUUGGUGGCUCUUCCCGCUAGCCUUAUUAGCCAAAUCGGCUACCGCUGCCACCCCAAACUCUACACAGAGGGCGACCCGGGCGAAAAACUCGAGCUAGUCGCAGGUACGGGAGUGUUCAUGACCAGAGGACAGCUGAUGAACUGCCACUUGUGUGCUGGCAUUAAACACAAGGUCUUGUUGAGGCGACUGCUCGCUACGUUCUUCGACAGAAACACUCUGGCGAACAGCUGUGGGACUGGAAUCCGUUCCUCAACCAGCGACCCGAGCCGAAAGCCUCUGGAUAGCCGAGUUCUAAACGCCGUCAAACUCUACUGUCAAAAUUUUGCGCCCAACUUCAAAGAGAGUGAGAUGAACGUGAUCGCCGCCGACAUGUGCACCAACGCGCGCCGCGUCCGGAAACGAUGGCUGCCCAAGAUCAAGUCCAUGCUGCCCGAAGGCAUCGACAUGUACCGUGGUUCAGGGGCGGGGCUUAAUCUGGGCGUUCCGUUGACCUUUGACCCAGACUUCAAGCAGCUGCCGCUGUUCGGAGAGCGUAAGGAUGCUGUAAGAACUCAGCAGCCGCUGGAUAACGAGAGUACGGAGCUCAUCGAGGGCCAGGCGGAGGAGGAAGAGGAGGAGGAAGAGGAAGGAGCCAUGGGCGAGGGCGUGGAGGAGACUUUAGGGGCCAAUCCUCUUCUUCUAGGGGUCGAGGGCGGAGUUCAGGGUCGUCCGGCGCAUGACGGACAGCAGGAGGAGGAGUUUGGGGACGGUCUGAGGAUAAACGGGCAGUGAAACCUGCUGGUGUUUUAGCAGAAACGUUUGGCUGUAGAAGCCGGGCUGUGUUUCAAUACUGUUUUUAAUGCGCCCUUAUCAGCUUCCCCUAGACUGAAUGUAGUACAGGUGUUCAGCUACUUUAUCAGCUUAACCGAAGUUCGUUAGAUGACCUUGUGAAUGUGAUCCAAUUUUUAUAAACGGCAAAAAAAGAGCAGAAGUAAAAAGGCGCAAGACUGACAGGCACAGAGGCCACGCCUCCUUACCUAGGCCUGACACUGGGCACGCUUCUUUUAUUGAGAUUGAUAAACAGAGGCCACGCCUCCUUUACUGAGACUGAUAUAUAUACAAAGGCCACGCCUCCUUUACUGAGACUGACAAUCACAAUAAAAGAGGCGUGGCCUCAGACGUUUCUUUUUACACCAAGGUCCAGUUUUGAAAAAUGCGCUCCUCCGUACACACUCCAGGUGUGACUUUUUUUUUUGAGUUAAUAAGGACGAAUUAAAAACAGUACUGAAACAUGGAACAUAUAUCAGAAACGAGCCACACUAUCACGUGCAGCAGUGUAUGCUGGGUAGAGUGGGUUUAAAGGACAAACACAGGCAUUGCUUUUGUAAGUAGAAAGAAAAGAUUUGCACUUGUGCUGAGGCACAGCGCUUCUUUAAACAGCAAUUUUUUAGCCAAAACUGCAGUGGAAGUUGUUUGUAAACCUCUCAUGAGGCCAUAUGAGACCUGAAAGUACCUCAGUGACCUUCCUCUGGAGAGAUUUCUUUUUGUGAUACACUGAAUGUUCUGUACUUUCCAGGAAAACGAAACCUCCCAAGAAAAUGAAAUUACAUUACUCCAUCGUCCAUCGGGAAAACACUGUGCAUGCGAACGGCCAUGAAAGCUCGAACUCUUUCAGGAUCUCGGUCCAAGAUACCAAAAUAACAUUUUAAAAGGAUACUCUGGCAUCUUUUCAUCUAAUCUCAUCCCCUGCAUCUGUAGUUUAUUCUCUGUUCAAGAAGUUAUACACGAUCCCUUGAACAUUCUUCCUGUAUUUAAAACUUCCUUAUAAUACAAGUCUAAGGGCAGUUGUUAAAUGAUGUUUAAAAAUAUGUUACUAUAAAACACAACAUCCGUAAAGUGUUCAGAUGAAACAGACAUGAGAGAAAAUCUUCCUUUUUUACUUUCCAACACUGUUGGGAAAAAAAGUAGAAAAGUAGUUGUGUGUGUGAAAGGAUGAAUUAAACAGUAGUGGUGCUGUAGCAUUUACGACAUUUGACCCGUUGCUAUGGCGACACGGGAGACACCUGAGAACUUUUCUGCGUUUUCAGACCAAACGGGGAUUAAAAUUCACCCGGCAAAAUGGAAAAGCCGAUUUACCGAAGGGGAAAGGACACGUAACGUGAAAGAGACGUAUUUGUGGUUACGUUCACUUUGCGUGUGAUUUUAUUGACCGAUCAAAGCUCAGUCUUGUGAGCCAAUAGAAAAUGAUUUAGCAUUUCAUUGUUGAUAAAAAGGUUUUUCAUUAAUAAAAACAUAAGUUACGUUAUUUAAUAUUCGCAGAAUUAAUCAUCACAAAUUUAAUAUUUUUUGAAGUAUGUAUUCAGUGAGUAUCAUAUAAGGCCUACUUUAAGUUUUUUAAAUAUUGAGCGAUUUUGACAAAUUUAGUGAUUUCCUUUAAUAUCAGUAAUAAAAGCUCAGUGAUCCAUUUUCCAUCCCUUUUCAUGGUAAAAUCUCUCAGCCUGCUCAGAUUUGUUUUUUGUGAACAAUAUCAGCACUUCUGUUAUACCAAACUGCGAUUUACAAACGUUCAGAAUGACAGGUUUCGUGUAAAACGUUUAACAGCUGCCCUCAGACUUCCACUGUCCACGAGUUUGACGUAAAGCGCUCUUCAGCUGUUUUCUCGCUGCUGAUUAAAUCCCGCUUCCUGCUAAUCACAUCCACACUGCAGAUGUGAUGUAUGGAGAUUUUAAGGUUGAUGUACGUCAGAGCUUUACUUGUGUAACCGAAGCAAUGCCUGUGUUUGUUUAAAACAACCUCAGCUGUCAUUUACAAUAAUACUGAAACAAAAAAGAGCAUUUUCCCACGAGAUGGACUGCGUACGUACAGUACCUACUGGAGCGUUUAAAGCCAGGACGCUUGCAUGCAAAACGAAAAUAAUACGAUUCACAGAACCACAGCGUCGCAAAUCAAAUACGGACUGCUCGAUGAUUUUUUUUUUUUUUUUGGUUUUAUUUCCCUCCAGCUUCUGGAUGGUCUCGAGUCGGACUCCAUCGUGGCCCUGUCUAGAAAAACAAACGAACUGAUUUUCACUGUGAGGGUCAGAAGAAAAAGGUUUUUUUUUUGCUUAUGGUUCUCUACUGUAAAUUAUUUAAUAUGAGACUGGUAUCAUUUUUAUCAUUUUUGCUGGCUUUUUUUUUUUUGCAUUUGCACUUGAACUGAGGGAGGUGAUGGAGAAACUGAAGCUCUUCACCCUUUUUUUUCUCCCUCGUGAUCGAUACAAAAAUCCGACGAAGAAAUUUCAGUGAAAUUUCAACACUACGAGCUCGGACACUUUUUCUUUUUAAAGUUUAAUUUCAUAUUCACGAUGCAUAAUCUAUAGCAAAUCUAUAGCAGUGCGCUUCUCCUUUCCUGCGUGUGUGUCUAAGUCACAAUAUGAUGCUCAGUUUCCUGCAGAGUGUUUGAUUUUGCAGCACUUUUCUCCUAAAAGAGUGUGUGAGGUGAUUGUGCACUCUUUGGAUUUUCCCAGGACACAGGAAUGAAGAAAUCCAAGUUUUUUUUUUAUUUUGAACAAAACAUCAUCAGAAAGAAGAGGAAGAGCGUUGCAUAGUUGUGGUUUGAAAGCCAGAAAUUGAAUCUGAAUCUUGUUUUCUCACAGUCAGAAUCUUCAGGUUUGUUGAAUUUGCCUUUAGAGGAACAAAUUUUUUGCCAAAAAUCAGACGUGCACCGUUUCACCUCGAACCCAAACGCAGUCGAUCAGCCAGGGUUUUUCUACUUUUGGACUGGAGCUAUGAGGCUAAUGUAGCUAACAAGUAGAACAAGUCUGUUCUGUCCAAAGAAUGUUUUAAAAAUCAUGCUAAGAUCUGACAUUUAACUUCUGGUUUUAAGUUCAGUACAGCUUUCUAACUGUGAGAGGCGGGGCUUACACUACGUUACAAAUGCCAGUUUGUUAGCGUGGUACGUACAGAUCGCACUUUGCUACGUUUGACGUUAUGUUAGGAUUCGAUGAACCUCCCACAAUGAAGUUCUCUCAUGUAACAUCUGAUGUGUUUUACUUUAUCUGGAAUAUUCCAGGAAAUGAAUUCAGAUGAUUUUAUGAGUCAUGUGACUCUCGCUUAGCCUUUUUGUACCCCUACCUUUUCUCUGUGUUGUCAGUUUGCGCAUUUAGGGAAAAAAAAAGAAGAAGUUAAAUCUAAAACUCAAACUCAGAAGCGUUAUUUGGUUUGUCCAUCAUGGGAGCAGUUCAAGGGAGAGGGUUUUCCAAGUAGGCCAGGGGUUAGACUUGAUUUUAACUCCAUGAACAUCUACACGUUAGCUGACACAUGUGUCCCGUGUUUAUUGUAAAACAAAAAAAAAAUUAAGGAGGCGUGUACGUAACGUAAACGGCUGUAGCAGUAUGGGAAACAGCGAGCCGAACAACACAAGCGUGAUGCGUGACCGUAUGAUGAGGGAAAUAAACUCGAGCCCAGGUUAGUUUAUUAGAUGAGUCUAUUUUGACACCACUGCUGAUAUAUAUAUAUAUAUAUUUCAUUUCCUUCAAACUAAACUACUCAGCUUCCAUCAUUUUUAUUAUUUACAUGGUGUAAAAUUAAAGAAAAUGGUCUAAUAUGGCAUUCUGGUUGUCGAGAGGGAUGUUUUGCCUCUGCAGUGCCUCCUAGUGGACAGAACUUUUAUUGACAUUUAGAAAAUUAUGAACCUGUAACUAUACAAGGAACGCAUGAGCGAUAGGGACUGAUCAGGACUGGAUCAGAUUCCAGACAUAUGUCUGCUGAGUAAUGAUGUCUGUUUUACGUCUGUUGCAGAGAUAAAAUCCCAGAUUUACUUUGGUAUUAAUCACAUUACAGCACCUCUUCCAGUAAAACUAAUCCCGUCCGAAUAGGGCUUAAGCGUGCACACAGCGCACUUUGUGUCAUCUUGUAUGGAAAGACAAACUGUAGUAGGAAGAAAAGUGUUCUGCUACACGGUGAGACUUAGUUCAUGUUUAUAGAUGGCAUAUGAAAGUCAUACAGUGUCCAAAACCACAUCAACAUGACAUCAUUGUAGACCAGGAUGCGGGUUUGAGGAGGAUAUUUACACAAAAUAUUAGCCUCUUAGCUCCAGAUAGCACACAUCAGACCCCAAAAUGCCUCGGAUGAUCAACUACAUUCAGCGGAAAUUUCAGCGUAUUUAAUUAGCCAUUGCUUUUAAGUAGUAAAGAGGAAACUCAGUGUUUCUAAUGAACACAUAGAUUCCUAAUGCUGUAGAUAAAUCUGUAUGUAUAUAGGAUGAGUAUCAGUGCCUUAAUGAGACUAAUAGUGUGACAGACAGAAACACUUCCUCUGUUAAACCUCAGUAAGGUGGAGGAGAGACGUGUGAUGAUUUCCGAGCUAAAAUUCACCUACAGAAUCAAGGACUUGGCCAUUUUUUUGCUAUUUGUUUAUUGUAGCUACUUAAACAUCCCUGAGGAUUCUGACAAUAACUGACCAUCUCUGGUGCAUGUUCAUAAAUGAUUCUAACGAUAGCUUUAUGUACAGCGCAGGCCUCCAGUUCGAGAGGUGAAAUUCUAUGAUCAUUUAUUUAGUAUGCGAGAAAUAGUCAACCUAGCUACCAAACUGUAGUAAACCAUGUACUGUAAAACGAUCCGAUUCGUUGCUCUUAUAGGAAUCCUAUUUAAUCCUGCCUUUAGGUUCGUCUCUUUUUAUCAGUCGCACGACCCGUAAAGAAUUCUUUUUAUUUUUUUAUUUUAAACAUCUGCACCUGUAAUAAUCCCAAAAUGUAUCUUUCAUUUAUUUUUCUAACACAUAUUAGGCUCUAAAUCUAUUGCACUAGAUGCUGAGAGGAACUCAGAAGAAUGUCGAUCGCUAAACCGAACGGUGGGAAAGCGCUGUUUGUGGUAGCAUAACGCUGUCCGAUGUGGAGUGACAGGCUAAUUUAUGUGUCUGUGUGUAUUUUUUUUUACAUUGUAGAUGCUAUUUCCGUCAUUAAGACUUCGCGGUCUCUAAAUUUUGGCACUAACGGCUGAUUGCUUUUGCACAAACUGCAAAAGAAGGGUUGGCUUUUUUCCUUGAGAUGUGUGAGAGACGUGUCCAAAGGACAAACGAUGAGUUUUAAAACCUGAUUAUGACCAUUUAGAGUUUUUUGUGUAUUUCUAUUCCUCCGUCUUUUGAACAGAACCACGAUUCAUGAAUCAUAAAUCAUUUUGUGAACUUUACUGAUGAGAAUUCAGGCUCUUUUCAGCAAGUCAGAUUAUUUGACUCACUGAAAACAAAUCAAAAGAGUCGACUCUUUUGGCUCUCAAACAACUCAUUGACAUUAUAUCCGGUUUAGAACAAAAUAGCAAGGAGCCGACUCUUACAAGUCAACUCUUUUAGGUGACUCAUGAAUCAUUUUACUUCAGUGAUGGGAAUUCCUGCUCUUUUGAGUAAGUCUGAUCAUUUGACUCAGCUCAACAUUACGAGUUGACUCUUUUGGAUCUUAAACAACUCACUAACAUUAUGUCCGGUUUAGAACAAAAUGGCAAAGAGCCGACUCUUGUAGGUCGACUCUUUUAGGUGACUCAUGAAUCAUUUUACUUCAUGCUCUUUUGAGUAAGUCUGAUCAUUUGACUCAGCUCAACAUUACGAGUCGACUCUUUUGGCUCUUAAACAACUCAUUGACGUUAUGUCCAGUGUAGAACAAAAUGGCAAGGAGCUGUUUGGGAGUUGACUCUUAUAAUUGACUCAUGAAUCAUCUGUAUGCUGUAGUGAUGGGAAUUAAAGCUUUUUUUGUGAGUCAGAUCAUUGAUUCAGCUCACUAGUAAGAGGCAAUUCUUUCAGCUCCUGAACGUCUCAUUCAUAGUUUGUCUGAUAUGGAACAAAAGGUUAAUUGGGAGCUGAAAGAGUUGACUCUUAUAGGCGAUUCAUGAAUCGUGUGUGCUUUAGCGAUGGGAAUUCCUGAUCUUUUCAGUGAGUCAGAUCAUUCACCCCAUUUGGCUCACUGAUAUUUUGUUCUAAACCAGACAACGUUUGCAAUAUUUUGGCAUUUGUUUUUAAUAAAUGAUGACCUAGGGGGUGCAAAUCACCUGGUUUCGUUCUAUUUUUAAUCAUAAACAUGGCCACAGAGGGCAUACAUGCUCCGUUUGGACAAAUGAAGAAACGUAAGAUUUAUUUGGUUUACAUCAUUUACUGAAGACGAAUGAAUUCAGCUCUGAUGUUGAACAGAGCUUUCUAAACGUUUUGGAUUCAAUUACGUUGUGAGAGUAUUAGCAUUGCCAACAUUUACAAAGAAAAAAGAAGAAGAAGAAGAAAAAGUCUCGUAUGUGAGUCGGCUCUCAGCGUUCAGUUAAAUGAUUCGGCUCGAAGAGUCGACUCGUUCAUGAACAACACAUCACUCGUCCAAAUGGCGAGUUUUAAAGCCUGGUUACGAACAUUUCGGCUUUUUUUGUAUUCGUGUAUCGCAUUCGAACGGUGCUAUGAGUCGUGAAUCAUUUCUAUGCUUCUUGGGUCAUAACUCACAAAGAUGCUGCUGUUUAGUGGUUAAGCAGCAGGUACUUCUUAAUAAAAACGUAUUUUUAAAUAAAUUGUUUUCUGAUGAGGGUGAGAGCUCAUUUUCUAAACAAGAAAGACCCACACACUCGAGCAUCUGGGGGUGUAAAACUAAUUCUACACAGCUGGACCGUAUUUUUUGUUAAAAAAAAAAAAAAGAAUAUCCUCGACCUGUUUGUUGGUCUGAAUGAUGCUGAUAUAUUCGUUUUCUGUGAUAAGAAAAUCUUCAGUAGUUAAAUAAUGAUGUCAGGAAGCUUUUGGAUCUGUUUCUGCGAUGAUUUUUAAAGCAUUAUUGUAAAAAUUGGGAUUUUUUUUUUCAUAUUUAAGCAAUAUUCAAACGAUAUCACUUAUUAGAUUUGUGAAACCCCUGAUUGGAUAUCAGUUUUAGUUCAUUGAUGACCUUUGACCCUUGAACCAGUAUGAGGACUGAAUUGUGUAUUAGGAUGUGUGUAUUUGUGUGUGUGUGUGUGUGUAUGUGUGAGUCUUUGUUCUUAGAAAAAUAAUUAAUGCCAGCACUUUACCACUGGGUGUGAAAGUUGGCGAAUGUAGGCCAUGUUUUAAAAAAACAACAACAACAACAACAAAAAAAAAAGCCAUGUGCUCAGAGCGCAGACAAUCAGAGAACGAACGUGCACUAAUUUUUACAUUUUGUUAGCACUUAGCUAAAGUUCUGCAAACCUUUCGCAGCUUUGCUUCAGCUUUUACAGGUGAUUCUCUCUCUCUCUCUCUCUCUCUCUCUCUCCUUCUCUCUCUUUCUCUCUCUCGCUCUCUCUCUCUCUGUGUCUCAUUUUUUUGGGGAUCUCUGAUUAGAGGUCCAGCUGGUCCCAGGAUGCAGAACAGCCGGAGACGUCCUCUACACAGACGACUGAGAUGCUCCAAACAGCCAAGUUUUAUGUUUAAUAAUACGACGAUAUCACAGAGAAACACGCUUCGGAAACAUGAAACUGUUGUUUACGCCUUUUAGUGACUCUGAUUGAAUGAGAAAUUUUCCGUUGGAUUUCGAAUCCUCCAUCAGAACUGGUUUCGACUCUGAUGUCGUUCAACUCACUGAUUCAUUUACAAACGCAAUACUGAAAUAUUUGCUUUCUAAUAAAAUUCCUUAUUUCACCAAA